CGAGUCCCCUUAGCCUGGCCCGGGUCCCCUUAGCCCUGCCUCGGUCCCCUGCUGCGGGGCCUCCACGCGUGGCAGCGGGGCGGGGAUGCGCCAUCCCCGCGGCGGGACAGCGGCGGAGCCGUGCGCUGGGACACGGGCAUGGCGGCGGCUGGAGCGCUGCUGUGACUGCCGUGCCUGCGGCACCUGCAUCGCGUGUGGCAGCGGUGAGGCUGGGGACAGGAGGGGGGACUGCGGUGUUGCAGGGCACUGGCCAUGGAGCCAGGCACCAUUGACAACCUGUCCAUCCUGUACCAGAGCUCCGACUUCAUCGUGGUCAACAAGCACUGGGACGUGCGCAUCGACAGCAAGAUGUGGUACGAGACUCUGACCCUGCAGAGCCAGCUCAAGCACCGCUUCCCCGAGCUGGCCGACCCCGACACCUACUACGGCUUCAGGUUCUGCCACCAGCUGGAUUUCUCCACCAGCGGGGCUCUGUGCGUGGCGCUCAAUAAAGCGGCAGCGGGGAGUGCCUACAAGUGCUUCAAGGAGCGCCUGGUGACCAAAGCCUACCUGGCCCUGGUGAGGGGCCACGUGAGCCAGAGCAGGAUGACCAUCAGCUACGCCAUCGGCAAGAACACCACGGAGGGCAUGACCCACAUGAUGUGCAUCGAGGGCACAGAGGGCUGUGAGAACCCCAAGCCGUGCCAGUCGGAGCUGGUGGUGCUGGAGCACGGAUCCUACAGCGGAGACCCCGUCACCAAAGUGCUGCUGCAGCCACUGACAGGCAGGACUCACCAGCUCCGCGUUCACUGCAGCGCCAUCGGCCACCCCAUCGUGGGGGACUUCACGUACAGCCAGCGGCGGGACAGCAGCCCCUACAGGAUGAUGCUGCACGCCUACUACCUGCGCAUCCCCACGGGCACCGAGCUGAUCGAGGUGUGCGCCCCCGACCCCUUCCUCACCUCCAUGGACGGCAACUGGCUACCCCAGAGCAUCACCCAGCGGCUGGAGGAUGUCAUCCAGGAGCUCAAGGACAAGGGGACACACAAGGAGGAGGAGGAGGAGGAGGAGAGGAGGGAGGCUGGCCCGGAGGAGGGAGCAGGGGGUGCAGGCAGCUUGGAGGAGUCGGAGGAGCAGCGGCUGUGCUGUGAGCAGUGGUUGGCUGAGUGGGCUCUGGAGUGAGCACAAAGCACAUCCCUGCGUUCCAGCUGCAUUCCAGCUCCAUCCCAGCACUGCCUCCUCACUGCUCACUCCCUCUGUGGCUUCCCUGGCUGCUGGGGCUGGCGUCAGGUGGAUUUUAGCAGCGGUUCAGGUGGGGUUGGUUUGUCAUGUCCAGCAUCCACCUGGGCAGGGGAUGGCCCUUUGCCACUCCAGGCCCUCAGCAGCAGAGUCAGUGUCACAUUCCAGCUUCCAGAGCUUUCCAUCCCUUCCUGUGCACAGCUGGGCACUGCCUUUGCCGUGGACAUUUCCAUGCUUGGAUGUGGAAUUGCAGCCCAGUACAAGGCAGGGAGAGCCUGCUGGGUGUCCCCACUGCCAUCCCCUCACUCCAGCUGCUGUGUCCUGUGGGAGGAGGGAGAUUGGGGGCUGGAGCACAUUCUGGGGACACUGAUAACCCCCCAGUCUCUGGGAUGGGCAUGGAGAGGUCCCUGCCCCUCGUCCCCUCCCUCCCUCAGCCCACCUGGGGGGUUUUUAAAGGUUUGGUGGAGGUGAAGGAGUUGAUACCAAUGGAUUUUAAACUUUUUUCAAUUUUCUAGGGAGAGAAUCUAGUCUUUUAGGGUUUGUACAAUAUGGGUGGUCUCAGGAACGAGGUAUUUUUGGUACUAAUGUGGUCAGAGAGCCAGCAGCCCAAAGCUUUUGUAAUGGAUUUUAUUAUUCCUUCUACUAGCACUGCUUUUGUCCCUGCUGGGACAGGUCAGGGGACACAAAUCCCUUUGUGCUCACCCACAGGGGGAGGGAUCAGUGUCCUGUGUGGGUCCAUGGGGUGGCUCCUGCCUGGCAGGUCCUUCAGCUGGGCACUUUGGGAAAGCUCUGGAGCAGCAGGGAAAAGAAAAAACUGAAAGAAAAGCUGAGAACUGAUGGGGAGAGCAGGCAGGAGCUCAGCUUUGAGCCAAGAAAAUUCCCUUGGAAGUGCCCUUGCUUUGCUGCUCAUCCUGCUUUGCUUUCCCCUUCCCUGCUCAUCCUCUGCAGCCCCUGGGGGAGGUUUGGAAAUGAGAACAGAGGAAGGACAGAGGGGCUGGAGCCACACAGCCCCCAUCCCACUGAAAACACACCCGAUGGGCUCACACAGCUGAUACUCCCACCCUGAGGGGGAAUAAAAAAUCACAGCCCUUUCUUUGUGGAUAAACACCCCCUGCAAGUCACCAAAAUCCCCGGGGUGGGGGGGAUUGAUCGCUGUCCCGUGUGUCCCUUCCUUGUGGGGCUGGCACUGGGCACGGGGAGGGGCUGGAGGAGCAGGAGCCCCCUGUGCCUCCUGCCAGG